AUUGCUCCGCCAUCUUGACAGAAACGUAAACACUCAGUUUGACUCGGUUUACUGCAAAGCUGAUUACAAAUCCGAUCCACGGCUAAACACACAAAAAAACGGUGGUUUCCUGCACCUUUGUCAGCACAUGCAUCUUGAAAAAAUGAUAACAGAGAGGCCGGAUACACAAAAUGCCCCAUAACUGGGUUUCAUGAGCAGCCAACCAGGGAUGGAAGACGUGGGUGGAGCUGCGAGUGCAGCCUGAGGCAGAGACAGACUGGAAAUGGACCAGGACUAUGAGAGACGCCUCCUCAGGCAGAUCAACCAUCAGAACCUGCCCGAUGGUCAUGUUUCUAAGUCUGGCUUUGCCGCAUGCAGUCCAGUCAGUGUCAAGUCAGGCGACAGAUUCAUACCCACUCGUGCAGGAAGCAACUGGAGCAUCAACUUCCAUUACGCUAAUGAAAACUGCUGGUCCCCUAACCAGAAUCAGCGCUCGAAGGACACCAGUGCAGACACUGGAAAGGACGCAGUGGCCUACGCUGCUCUGCUGCGGAACGAGCUCCUGGGAGCAGGCAUCGAGACCGUACCCGACCCUCACACAGACGACCGACGGCACGCCAUCCUCUCCCAGGACAUACACAGCCUCUUCAGGUACACAAUUCACACAAAGAGAGUGCCUUUUGACAGCGGCAAUGAAAUCUCACCCUAUUCCCUCUCGCCCCUCAGCAACAAAAGUCAUAAGCUGUUGCGGUCGCCAAGAAAGCCAGCACGAAAGAUCUCCAAAAUCCCCUUCAAGGUUCUGGAUGCACCGGAGCUGCAGGAUGACUUCUACCUUAACCUGGUAGACUGGUCAGCUGGAAACCUGCUCAGUGUCGGUCUUGGUGCUUGUGUGUACCUGUGGAGCGCCUGUACCAGUCAGGUGACAAGGUUGUGUGAUUUGUCUGUAGAUGGAGACUCUGUGACUUCAGUCUGCUGGAAUGAGAGAGGAAGUUUGGUCGCGGUAGGAACCCAUAAAGGCUUUGUGCAGAUAUGGGACGCAGCCGGAGGGAGGAAGUUAACCAGCUUGGAAGGUCACUCGGCUCGUGUCGGAGCGUUAGCGUGGAACGGCGAGCAGCUGUCCUCGGGCAGCAGGGACAGGGUGAUCCUGCAGAGGGAUGUCCGGGCGCCGCCUGCCGCCGAGAGGAGGCUGCAGGGUCACAGACAGGAAGUCUGCGGCCUCAAGUGGUCCCCUGACCACCAGCAUCUCGCCUCAGGAGGCAAUGACAACAAGCUGCUGGUGUGGAACAGCUCGAGCCUGGUGCCUGUGCAGCAAUACAGCGAGCAUUUAGCGGCGGUGAAGGCCAUCGCUUGGUCGCCCCAUCAGCACGGCCUGCUGGCGUCCGGAGGAGGCACGGCCGACCGCUGCCUGCGCUUCUGGAACACGCUCACGGGACAGGCGCUGCAGAGCACAGACACCGGCUCACAGGUCUGCAACCUGGCCUGGUCCAAACACGCCAACGAGCUGGUCAGCACACACGGCUACUCACAAAACCAGAUCCUGGUGUGGAAAUAUCCGUCACUCACACAGGUGGCCAAGCUGACCGGACACUCGUACCGUGUGCUCUACUUGGCUGUGUCUCCAGACGGCGAGGCUAUAGUGACGGGAGCAGGAGACGAGACACUCAGGUUCUGGAACGUCUUCAGCAAAACACGCUGCACUAAGGAAUCCAAGUCAGUGUUGAAUCUGUUCACCAGGAUACGGUAGUGUCUGAGGACAGAGGAGGACUUGUGACUUUUUUUCUCCGAGAAAACCCGACGUAUCUCCGUCCUCUCCACAGCGUCUUCGUUUCAAACCCGCACCCGAUGAGCGAGCCCGUUUGUUAUCGUCCUGACUUUCUUAUUACCGUAUCAUGUGAAAGUCCGAAAGGACGUGCUGUAAUGUAAGUAGAGAGAAACGGCUUAUCGACAUGCCUUCGGUCCAUUAUUUUGUACGUGCAAAUGCAAACUGGAUCUCGUUAUUCCACAGAUGACCGUAUGGAAAUAAACACACUACUGCAGGAUCUCUGUUAGUAGUUUAUGAAAA